UGCAGGAAAAGAAACGAAACUUAAAUUUCCUCUUUCCUUAUCCCGGCGGAGGCGGCAGCGAUGGCGGCCGAAGCCCCCCUGCAGGAUUUCCUGGAAGAAGCUACCUGCUCCAUUUGCCUGGACUUCUUCAAGGACCCCGUGCUCAUCCCGCGGUGCGGCCACAACUUCUGCCGAGGCUGCCUGACUCUCGGUUGUGGGGCGUCGGAAUCGGAGGCUUCCUGCCCCCAGUGCAGGCAGACCUUCGCGCCUUGCAGCCUCCUCCCCAUUAGGCAGCUGGCGCGGAUGGCUGAAGUGGCCAGGCGAUGCGGAGGCCAUCCGGAGGAUGAAGGUGGGAAUUUCUGCCCGAAGCACCGGGAGCCCUUCAAGCUCUUUUGUAAGGACCACCAGACCCUCAUCUGCCUGGUCUGCGACCGAUCCAAAGAGCACAGGGGCCACUCGGUGAUCCCUGCGGAGGAGGCUUUCCCGGAAUACAAGAGGAAGGUGGAGGAUUGCCUGAAGGCUCAGAAGGAGCAGAAAGAAAAAAUAGCUACAUACAAAAGAGACACAGAGGAAAAAGUGCAGGAGAUGCUUGAUCUCAUCAAAAAAGAGAGAGAAAAUGUAGUGGCUGAAUUCAGAGAGCUACAACUCUGGUUAGAAGGACAGGAGAAGCUUCUAUUGACUAGAAUGGAAGAAACGGAGAAGGAUAUUAUAGCAAGAAAGGAGAAAGGUUUGGCCAAACACAUGGAAGAACUCUGCUCUCUUGACCAUCUCAUUCAGGAGAUAGAAGAGAAGCUUCAGCAGCCAGCCAGCAAACUCUUACAGGAAAUGCUUUGUCUCUUUAUUUUUCAGGACAUUGGAGGCAUCUUGAAGAAGUAUCAGGCUAAGGAAACAUAUGAGAAUCCACAGGAUUUACUUUUAGAGCCUAAGUGGACAAUCUGGGAUUACAGUGAUACCACUAUGUUUCUGAAAAGUGCCAUGAAAAAAUUGAGAGAUACUCUGGAAAGUGGACUUCAACUACAGGAAGUGAAUGUAACUCUGGAUCCAGGCACAGCCAAUCCUGCCUCCUUUGAUGUCUCCAAAGAUCAAAAAAGUGUCAGAAGAAUUAGGCCAGUUAAAGGAAAAUAUAUUUUCUCAGAUUACAACAGAUACUAUCAUUCUUAUGUCCAUGGCUGUCAGACGUUCUCAACAGGGAGACAUUUCUGGGAAGUAAUUGUAGGAGAUAAAACAGGAUGGGAUAUAGGGGUUACCAACCAGACACUGAACUUAACAAAUGUUGAUAAGCAGGCCAGGCGGUGGAAGUUUGGAAAAUCCAAAGAGGGAUACUGGGCCUCCUCUAAAUUAGAAUACUUUGAGCGGCAUUUGGAUGAGAAGCCCAAGAGGAUCCGCAUCUCUCUCAACUGCGAAGGGGGACAAGUGAGCUUCUUUGAUGCCAGAACCGCAGCUCUGCUCCAUACAUUCUCAGACGCUUCCUUGGUUGGGGAGACCCUUCGGCCCUGUUUCUAUUUGGAUGAAGGCACCUGCCUGAUGCUCCCCUAAAAGAAGGGAGAACCAUAGGCAAAACCUUGGAAAAAUCCCUAUUUGCCAAGCGGGGAUCUCUGAAAGCCCUUAAAGCAGAGUUUCCUCAGCUUUUUGCUACUUCAGCUUCCUUUAUUCUUCUAUGCCUCCCUGAUCAGUCAAUCAGUCUAUAAAGGAAUAACCUGAUCAUGAUUUCUAUUUGUCUGAAUAAUUGUCAUAAACCAACAAACCAUUUUAAGGUUUCAGGAAAUAUUAUACUCAAUAUAAGCUUUACAGCCUCACAGGGUUUUUUUGUGUUUUUUGUUUUACAAAUCCUAGUACUUUUUCUAUCUUUUUAUAGUUACGGAGGUUAUCUACUAUAAUUUGAUUACUGAUUGUAAGAUUGAUUGUAAUUUUAUAGGUGUCUUGUGGGUUGUAGUUCUUUUGCAAGUUUAUGCCAAUAAAUGUAUUCCGUGGGAUACAUAGAAACUGAAGAUGCACAGAAAACAGGAAAAAAUAAACAUACCAUCUGUUAUCAAGAUAGCAAAUAUAAGUGUUAUGUGCCCUAAAUGUGUCUUCUGGCUCAAGACAAAAGUAAAAAAGGAUUGUUAAUAGAAUUGUUAAAAUGAAACACAUUAUUAAAUAAAUACAUUAUUUGAGAA